AGCAGGAUCAGCUUUCUUGCGAUUCGACAUCGCAAAGGGCAUGCGCUACCUGCACCAGCAGCAGGUCGUUCACCGCGACCUUGCCGCCCGCAACGUGCUCGUCUUCAAGGACGACUGGGUGAAGAUCACCGACUUUGGGCUGAGCCGGCAGGUUGAGAGCGACUACUACAUGCUGCAGACUCGCCGCGGUCUCCCGCUGCUCUGGACGGCGCCCGAGGUGAAGGACGACAAUCGCUUCUACAAGGAGAGCGACGUGUGGAGCUACGGUGUCACGCUGUGGGAGGUGUUCAGCGACGGCACCGACCCGAUCAUACAGCACGACGGCGACCCCAGCGGCAGCGGCACCAUGCUGGCCAAUCACACGGCGUUCCUGCGUCACGGCGAGCGGCUGCCUAACAUCGAUGGCUGCGCUGAGCGAGUGUAUGCCCUCAUGCAGCGCUGCUGGCAGUGGGACAAGCACAUGCGGCCGACCUUCCCUCAGAUCGUCGACGAGGUAUCGCAGUGGAGGGGGGCGCUGCUGGGGGAGAGGUGACAGAUCAGGUGGCACUGAUAGCAGCGAUGCGUCCAACGUUCACCCACCGAGGCAUCGGCUGCAUUUUCUGCGCGCUCGAAUUUCACGAGAGCACGAACGAGAGGCAGGAGGGGAGAGCAUUGCAUAGAGUCGAGUACUACCGUAUUACGCGCGGAAAAAAUUAGCCUACACGAGGUAAAAUAGCCGUGGUUACGCGACUACACAAGGAAAGAUGUGUCGUCUCCCUCCCUCUCCUCUCUCUCUCUCCUCUCUUGCCAUCCUUCUAGCGUACUCUCUCUCUCUCUCUCU